GCGCAGCGGGGAGGAAUGCGAGCGGGCGGGACUCGCCGGCUUGGGGCAGCGGGGCACCCGGCAAAAGGCCGCGACGGCAAGCUGAGCGCGCGCGAUGCCUCACUUCACUGUGGUGCCGGUGGACGGGCCGCGACGCGGCGACUAUGACAACCUCGAGGGGCUCAGUUGGGUGGACUACGGGGAGCGCGCCGAGCGGGAGGACUCAGACGGACAGGGUAACCACAGAGAGAACAGCCCUUUCCUUUGCCCUUUGGAGACUUCCAGAGGAAGUGACUACUAUGACAGGAACCUGGCACUGUUUGAGGAGGAGCUGGACAUCCGCCCAAAGGUGUCGUCUCUUCUGGGCAAGCUUGUCAGCUACACCAACCUCACUCAGGGAGCCAAGGAACAUGAGGAAGCUGAGAGCGGAGAAGGUGCCCGUCAGAGAGCAGCCAAGGCACCCAGCAUGGGCACCCUCAUGGGGGUGUACCUGCCCUGUCUACAGAACAUCUUUGGGGUCAUUCUGUUCCUGAGGCUGACCUGGAUGGUGGGUACGGCUGGUGUGCUGCAAGCCCUCCUCAUCGUGCUUAUCUGCUGCUGCUGUACCCUGCUGACAGCCAUCUCCAUGAGUGCCAUCGCCACCAAUGGUGUGGUUCCAGCUGGUGGCUCCUAUUUCAUGAUUUCCCGCUCACUGGGACCAGAAUUUGGAGGUGCUGUGGGCCUGUGCUUCUACCUUGGAACAACAUUUGCAGCAGCCAUGUAUAUUCUAGGAGCCAUUGAGAUCUUGCUGACCUAUAUUGCUCCACCAGCUGCCAUUUUUCACCCAUCAGGCACUCAUGACAUGUCAAGUGCUACCCUGAAUAAUAUGCGGGUGUACGGGACCAUUUUUCUGACUUUUAUGACCUUGGUGGUGUUUGUUGGUGUCAAGUAUGUGAACAGAUUUGCCUCACUUUUCCUGGCCUGUGUGAUCAUCUCCAUCUUUUCCAUCUAUGCUGGGGGCAUCAAGUCUAUUUUUGACCCGCCUGUGUUUCCGGUAUGCAUGCUAGGCAACAGGACCCUGUCUCGGGACCAGUUUGACAUCUGCGCCAAGACAGUUGUGAUAGACAAUGAGACAGUGACCACCCGACUGUGGAGUUUCUUCUGCCAUAGCCCCAACCUAACUGCUGAGUCCUGUGACCCCUACUUCUUGCUCAACAAUGUGACUGAGAUCCCUGGCAUACCUGGGGCAGCUGCUGGUGUGCUCCAGGAAAAUCUGUGGAGUGCCUACCUGGAGAAGGGUGAGAUUGUGGAGAAGUAUGGGCUGUCCUCCACAGACACCCUUGGCCUGAAAGAAAGCUUGUCCUUAUAUGUGGUAGCUGACAUCGCCACAUCUUUCACUGUGCUGGUUGGCAUCUUCUUCCCUUCUGUAACAGGCAUCAUGGCUGGCUCAAACCGCUCUGGGGACCUCCGUGAUGCCCAGAAGUCUAUUCCAGUGGGGACCAUUCUGGCCAUCAUUACCACUUCACUUGUGUACUUCAGCAGUGUGAUUCUCUUUGGUGCUUGCAUUGAGGGUGUGGUGCUCCGAGACAAGUACGGUGAUGGUGUCAGCAGGAACCUGGUGGUGGGCACCUUGGCCUGGCCUUCGCCCUGGGUCAUUGUUGUUGGAUCCUUCUUUUCAACAUGUGGUGCUGGCCUCCAGAGCCUCACUGGGGCACCACGCCUAUUGCAAGCUAUUGCCAAGGAUAACAUCAUCCCCUUCCUCCGGGUGUUUGGCCAUGGGAAAGCAAAUGGUGAGCCAACAUGGGCACUCCUUCUGACAGCGCUCAUCGCAGAACUGGGCAUCCUCAUUGCCUCCCUUGACAUGGUGGCACCUAUUCUAUCCAUGUUCUUUUUGAUGUGUUACCUGUUUGUGAACCUGGCCUGUGCUGUGCAGACACUCCUGAGGACUCCCAACUGGCGGCCCCGAUUCAAAUACUAUCACUGGGCACUGUCCUUCCUAGGCAUGAGCCUCUGCCUGGCCCUUAUGUUUGUCUCCUCCUGGUACUACGCAUUGGUUGCGAUGCUCAUCGCAGGCAUGAUCUACAAGUACAUCGAGUACCAAGGGGCUGAGAAGGAAUGGGGUGAUGGGAUUCGAGGCCUGUCCCUGAGUGCUGCCCGAUAUGCAUUGUUGAGGCUGGAAGAGGGGCCUCCUCACACCAAGAACUGGCGGCCUCAGCUCUUGGUGCUGCUAAAGCUAGAUGAAGACCUUCAUGUGAAGUAUCCUCGGCUCCUCACCUUUGCCUCCCAGCUUAAGGCUGGGAAGGGCCUGACAAUUGUUGGCUCUGUCAUCCAAGGCAGCUUCUUGGAGAGCUAUGGUGAAGCCCAGGCUGCUGAGCAGACAAUCAAGAACAUGAUGGAGAUUGAGAAAGUUAAAGGCUUCUGCCAGGUAGUGGUGGCCAGCAAAGUGCGUGAGGGGCUGGCCCACCUCAUCCAGUCUUGCGGCCUGGGCGGCAUGAGACAUAACUCCGUGGUGCUGGGCUGGCCCUACGGCUGGCGACAGAGUGAGGACCCACGUGCCUGGAAGACCUUUAUUGACACUGUGCGCUGUACCACAGCUGCCCACCUGGCCCUGCUGGUGCCCAAGAACAUAGCUUUCUACCCCAGCAACCAUGAACGCUACCUGGAGGGCCACAUUGAUGUGUGGUGGAUCGUGCACGACGGAGGCAUGCUUAUGCUUUUGCCCUUCCUGCUACGCCAGCAUAAGGUUUGGAGGAAGUGCCGGAUGCGCAUCUUCACUGUGGCCCAGAUGGACGACAACAGCAUCCAGAUGAAGAAGGAUCUGGCCAUCUUCCUGUAUCACCUCCGCCUUGAGGCAGAAGUGGAGGUGGUAGAGAUGCAUAACAGUGACAUCUCUGCAUAUACCUAUGAGCGCACACUGAUGAUGGAACAGCGGUCUCAGAUGCUGCGGCAGAUGAGGCUGACCAAAACUGAGCGGGAGCGAGAGAGGCAGGGUGGUCAUGUAGGGCCCACCAGGCCCUCAUUUUCUCAGGGCACCGAGGCUGCCUUCUCUGGUUGUCCUCAGGCCCAGCUGGUAAAGGAUAGACACUCAGCCCUGCGGCUGGAGAGCCUUUACUCAGAUGAGGAAGAUGAGUCUGCAGCAGGGGCUGACAAGAUCCAGAUGACAUGGACACGAGACAAGUACAUGGCUGAACCCUGGGACCCCAGCCGUGCCCCUGACAACUUCCGGGAACUGGUGCACAUUAAGCCGGACCAAUCCAACGUGCGGCGUAUGCACACUGCCGUGAAGCUCAAUGAAGUCAUUGUCACACGCUCCCAUGAUGCCCGCCUGGUCCUACUGAACAUGCCAGGCCCACCCAAGAACAGCGAGGGUGAUGAAAACUACAUGGAAUUCCUUGAGGUGCUGACUGAGGGCCUUGAGCGGGUGUUAUUAGUGCGAGGCGGGGGCCGUGAAGUCAUUACCAUCUACUCCUGAGUCCGAUGAAGGCUUGUGGCCUGGAGUUGGGGUGUACAGUCCAGGGCAACAGUUCAUAAUCCACACCUACUUGCCAGUUAUUAUGCUUUGCCCAGUUUUGCCUUGGACCAGUUUUGCUAGGUCUUCUGGGAAAUCAAGCUUGGGCCUGACAGUGGAAAUGGAUCUGAGGACCUGUGGACCCUGGAGGAUUUGGAGACUUUCCCCUCCAGUACCCCAGUGUGGGCCAACCCUGACUAGAGAAAACUGGUGGGGGCUGAUACGGAAUUUGAAGUCCCAGCCUGGCCCAGAAAUGCUAUUUAUUGUAUAUUUAUUGUUUGAAUGUCACCAUCAGAGAAGAGAGGAAGGGCAGCAAGGGAGGGAAUUGAGCCUGACCUGCCUACAGGAAGACCUGGCUCAGCCUGCUGUGGGCAGAGACCCACCAAGUCAAGUGGAAUGGAGCUGGCUGAGCUGAGCCUGAGUUUUUCAAUAAAACAUUGUGUACUUCUGGGCC